AUGUGGAGAUUGCAUUUCUUUUCGCAUUGUGGUUUUUAUUGCCACACUCAGGGGCUUGGACAAUUGGAGCGUACAGCUUGGGAAAGAUUGGAAAAAGGUCCAUCAGAUAUUGUUUCGGGAGCGUCAGCAAGAUCGGCUCAUGAAGCGAAUCUCUUGAGAAAUCGAUUGAUCAAGGCUAUGUUUCAUGUUGAUCCGAAUGGCCCGACUCAAUGGAUAAGAAAGUGGAGAUCGACCAGUGAUCAAAUG